AUGGACGAGUAUACGGCCGACCUCUUCAUAUCCCGCGACGAUGCCUCGGAUCAUCAGCCGCAUGCGCAGCCGCCUCCGACCGUGGUGGUCGACGAGUGGCCUCACGACUCCGACGUCAGCGAGGGCACCCCGUCCAAGAAAUCGCCCUCCGGCCUGCGCUCGCGCAUCGCAAACAACCUCAGCAAGAAGACGAGCAUCCAAGACCGUCUAGUCGAGAGGCUCCUCCAACAGGUCAUCCCCGAGAGCUCCGAUGGCCUCACAAGCGGCGGCGACGACCCUCUCGCCCCGGGCUUCUCCCCGGACAAGAACAGCACCUUUUCCGAGCGGCCCAACUUCAACAUUACCACAAUGUCCAACAACUUCCGCCGCUUCAACGCUCGCAUCGGCGUCGUCUUCAAGUUCCAGGCCCGCGUCGUCCGCCUCCUCAGCUGGCGCCGCCCGACACACACCCUAUCCCUCCUCGCCGUCUACACCUUCGUCUGCCUGGACCCGUACCUCCUAACUGUCGUACCCCUAGCCGGCUUCCUCCUCGCCGUCUUCAUCCCCUCCUUCCUCGCCCGCCACCCGGCCCCGCCCUCCGGCACCUUAUCCUCGGAACAAUCCGUCGGCUACUCCCCCAAAGGUCCGCCCUUGGCCCCGGCCCGGACAGUCAAACCCGUCAAGGAGCUCAGCAAGGACUUCUUCCGCAACAUGCGCGACCUCCAAAACUCAAUGGACGACUUCUGCGUCGCCCACGACGGCGUCGUCGCCACCGUCCUCCCCAUCACAAACUUCUCCAACGAGGCCCUCUCCUCGGCCCUCUUCCUCGCCCUCACCCUCACAACAGUCCUCAUGACAACUUUCGCCUCCCUCCUCCCCUGGCGCCUCAUCGUUCUCCUCGCAGGCUGGGCCGCCAUCCUCUCAGGCCACCCCGCCAUCGCCCCGCUGCUGACACACACCCACGACACCCACGUCGCCCCGCGCGAAGCCCACGCCCGCUCCAGUGUCGACGCCUGGAUCGCGGGCGACAUCAUCCUCGACUCGGCGCCCGAGACGCGCGAAGUCGAAAUCUUUGAGCUACAGCGUGCCUCCCACGACGAGUGGGAGCCCUGGCUCUUCUCCCCGAGUCCGUACGACCCGCUCUCCCAGCCUCGUAUCGCGAGUGAGCGGCCCCGCGGCACGCGCUUCUUUGAGGACGUGUUACCCCCCGACGGGUGGGUUUGGUCCGAGAAGAAGUGGGCGCUGGAUCUGUGGAGCAGGGAGUGGGUGGAGGAGCGCAUCAUUACGGGCGUCGAGGUCGAGACGGAGGGGGAGAGGUGGGUUUAUGACAUGUUUGAUGAGAAUAGUGCCGGUGGUUACGGGGGUCCCGUGGACUCGUCGCCGACGACUGCCAAGGGCAAGACGAGGGUUCCUUCUGCGCCGCUGUCGGGAUGGGAGGAGGGCGAGGAUGGGACGGGAAGGAGGGGGGAGUGGAGGCGGCGGAGGUGGGUUAGGCUUGUCAAGAGACGGGCUACGAUGAGUACUGCUUGA